AUACCUCCGAUUAUCACUUUCACUCCUCACAGUCAAAACAGCUACAAAGCAGCCAGGCAUUUGAAAAUCUCAGCUCCAUUAAUUCUACUUCUUCUCUCCUUCAAUUACCUCUCUCUCUCUCUAAACCAAGAGGCCCACCACCUACUCACCGCGAAGCUCUCUCUCUCCGACCCCGCCGGUUCUCUCUCCACCUGGUCCGACGGCGGCGCCGCCGGCGCCACCCCGUGCGGAUGGAGCGGAAUCACCUGCGACAACCGCAGCUCCGUCGUGUCGGUCGUUCUCUCCGGCGCUUCUCUCUCCGGUCCUUUCCCAAUUUCUCUGUGCCGCCUGCGUUCUCUCUCUACGCUUUCUCUCUCUACAAAUUCCAUCAACUCCUCGCUCCCUCUCGAGAUUUCCACGUGCCGCAACCUCGUUCGUCUUGACCUGUCUCAGAAUUUGCUUGUGGGCCCCAUCCCCGAAACCCUCGCCGACCUCCAUUUUCUCAGGUACGUUGAUUUAGAUGGCAACAAUUUUUCAGGCGAAAUUCCGGCGACUUUCGGGCAAUUCCGGCGACUGGAAACUCUUAUACUCAUGGAGAACCUGCUAAACGGCACCGUUUCAGCCGCUCUAGGCAACAUAACAAGUCUGAAAAUUCUAAGGUUGGCGUACAACCCGUUCACACCCGGUCCCCUCCCCCCCGAACUCGGUGGCCUAGUUAACUUGGAAGAACUUUUCCUCAGCAAUUGCCACCUCGCGGGCCCCAUUCCCGAAAGUUUUGGCGGACUGAGUCAACUCAGGAUUUUCGACGUGAGUGGAAAUAAACUGGUCGGACCAAUACCUCCUCAGAUUUUUCAGCUCAAAACCAUUGUUCAAAUGGAGCUUUACGAGAAUUUGUUUAAUGGUACUUUGCCUGCACAUGGAUGGUCUAAUUUGACGAAAUUGAGAAGAUUCGAUGCAUCCUCGAAUAAUUUGACCGGGAAUAUUCCGAACGAGUUGUGCGAAUUGCCGUUGGAAUCCCUCAACUUAUUUGACAACCAACUCGAGGGUUUGAUACCGGAGAGCAUUGCCAAGUCACCGAAUUUAAACGAGCUCAAAUUGUAUCAAAAUCAAAUAACGGGAUCUUUGCCUAGAGAGCUCGGCAAGAACUCGCGCCUGCAAAUCGUGGACGUGUCCUACAAUAAUCUCUCUGGCGAAAUUCCCGAGUUUAUAUGCCGGAACAGAGCCCUCGAGCAGUUUCUCUUGAUAGAUAAUGCGUUUUCGGGGAAUAUUCCGGCGGAUCUCGGAAAAUGCGAGACUUUGAGAAGGGUGAGGAUUGGUGGCAAUAAGCUCUACGGCGAAAUUCCGGCGGAGUUUUGGGGGUUGCCGCACGUUUACUUGCUCGAGCUCUACGGAAAUUCGUUUUCCGGAAAUAUCUCGAAUUUAAUUUACAGUGCGAAAAAUCUAUCCACGCUCAGAAUCUCGAACAACGAGCUAUCGGGGAAUAUUCCGAACGAGGUUGGAUUAUUGGAAAACCUAAUCGAAUUCUCCGCGCAUGAUAAUCGGCUUAGUGGAGAGAUUCCUAGCACCAUUGUGAAUUUGGCUCAACUUGGGAAGCUCGAUCUUAACAACAAUGAUCUAAGUGGUGGUAUUCCAAUGGGAAUUCAAUCUAUGAAACAAUUGAAUGAGCUUAAUUUGGCUAACAAUCGAUUAUCGGGUUAUAUUUCCGAUGAAAUUGGGAACUUGCCCGAUCUUAACUACCUCGAUCUUUCUAUUAACAACUUCUCGGGGAGCAUUCCGUUGUCGUUGCAGAAUUUGAGGCUCAAUAAACUAAAUUUGUCGAGCAAUAGUCUUACGGGUGAUAUACCUCCGUUUUUCGCAAACGGGGUUUAUAAAGAUAGCUUUCUUGAAAAUCCAGGAUUAUGCAUUGAUGCCGUUUUUUGCAGUCCCAAAACGGAAAACGGGAGUGGAAUCUUUUCUUGGGUGAUGUGGUCUACUUUCGUAAUAGUGGGAUUCGCUUUUCUUGGUGGGGUUGUUUGGUUCUUGUUCAAGUACAAGAAUCUAAAGAAAACGGAGAAAGGAGGAGUGGCGAUAAUCACAAAGUGGACGUCGUUUCACAAAUUGAACUUCGACGAGUUGAAAAUUAACGAUUGCCUCAAAGAGAGUGAUGUCAUAGGAAGAGGAGCGUCCGGUGAAGUGUAUAAAGUUGUUUUGGAAAACGGGGAGACGGUUGCCGUGAAAAAAUUGCACGAAAGACCGAAUAUGGAUGAAUUCGAUGUUGAAGUUAAUACUUUGGGGAAAAUUAGGCAUAAGAAUAUCGUGCGUUUGUGGUGCUGUUGUAGCUCGGGUAAUUGCAAGCUUUUGGUGUACGAGUACAUGUGUAAUGGGAGCUUAGGCGAUUUGCUUCACGGUAAUAAUAAUAAUAAUAAGGGUAAAUUGUUGGAUUGGGAGACGAGGUUUAGGGUUGCUUUGGAUGCUGCCGAGGGUUUGUCGUACUUGCAUCAUGAUUCUGUACCUCCUAUUGUGCAUAGGGAUGUGAAAUCGAAUAAUAUAUUGCUGGAUCAAGAUUUUCGAGCUAAGAUUUCGGAUUUUGGUGUUGCUAAAGUUGUUAGAGCGGCCCGAAACGGAGUCGAAUCCAUGUCGGUUAUUGCUGGUUCGUGUGGCUACAUUGCACCAGAAUAUGCAUACACGCUUCGGGUGAACGAAAAGAGCGACACAUACAGCUUUGGAGUAGUCUUAUUUGAGCUUGUGACCGGAAAACGAGCGAUCGAUCAAGAAUUAGGGGAGAAAGAUUUGACAACUUGGGUCCGGACAACCUUGGACCAGAAAGGGAUAAAAUACGUGAUCGAUCCCAACAUAGAUUCGAGAUUCGAACAACACGUCUCCAAGGUUAUCAAUGUUGGGCUUCUCUGCACAAGUACACUACCAAUUAACCGCCCUUCGAUGCGAAGAUUGGUUCAUAUGCUGCAAGAACUGGGGGCCACUAUGCCUAGCGAUCAAGAAAAGGAUGCUAAAGUUUUGCACUCGUUUUGACGAGUUCGAUACUAAGUUAGCUCUAUGAUCAAGAAUCGUAGAUUUUAUUCGAAUUCACAAAGUUAAAGCAACUCAAUUUAAAUUAGAAUCAUUAAAAAUGACAAAAUAAAUAUUAAAUAGAAUUAUUAAAUAAAUAUUCCUAAUCAUCAAAAUUAGGGAUAAUGCUAUAUGCUACGGAAUUGCACGUAGGGCAAAGUUCGUUGCCCUUCAACAACCACAGAGCAAAGCAAUGGGAAUGAAACGCAUGACGGCACAAACUUGCCCUCGAUAUUUGCGACCCGAUGUUCGGGCCCUUCAAACAAAUAUCGCAAACCCUCAUCAUUGCCAAUCCCGAAUCAAUAUCUACAACCCUAAUCUUCCUUAGAAGCAUCAAAAAAUGUACAAGAUGUGGAGGAGUACCGGGCCAUUUUGUGAACGUAGCGUACGAACACGGGAUAUUGAAAAAUGGAACCAAGUUUUCUGCUCUGAGGGCCCGGUCAAAGGCUCCCCUAACGGGCUCGCCUUCUUGCUGAACUGUGAUGACCUUAAGGUCAACAAAUAUAGGCACUACGCGGCGAGGGCUGGGAUCAGCCGCAUUGGCGGCGGCCCGUCUGGCGAAAUCUAGCGCCUCGAUCUCGAACCUUCGUUGUUCGACACCAGACAUCCAAUACUCGUGGAGACGUACGCUCAACGAACUUUGCAUGAGUACAAUAGUAUUAACGGUGUCACUGCUUCUGUUGUCUUGGACCACGCCAUCGAAUACCUCCGAGUCGAUGAUCACAUCUUCACCGUCGAUUGGCCUUGUGAUGAAGGUGGCUCUGAUCUCGAAGAUUAGGGUUGUGAAUUUGCGCAUCGGUCUGUGUUUGUACUUUGAAACUAGUUCUUCCUUGAUCGAGAAAUUGUAUUCGUAUU